CUUCCGGAACUCUCUCAGUGACCUGACAUUUAAAAUAUCAUGGUGAAGCGCUUUGUCGUUUUGGUAAACGCCCCCUUUGUUGGUGGAGGAGUCUUUGUCUCCGGCCAGCUCGCAUCUGCGGGAAUUGCAGUGCGUUUCUCAUGGAUGUGCUGGAACCCCCCCCAGUAAAUUUACCUCGCGGAGGCCUUCGGGCGCAGUCGAGCCGGCAGUUUCCUCAUUUUGAGCUCCACGGUUUUGUGAAUGAUGGUCAACGUUGGGGACUUUCCCCUCUAACCCGAGAGUAGAUUUUGCAGCGGCCACGCUGGUUUAGAGGACAGACACGUGUGUGCGGCAUUUGAGGGUGCGUGUGACUCGUCCGCAGGGGUAUGUACCUGCAUCUGGAGAGAUGCCACGAUGGGGGCUCUCGAAACAUAUUCCUCUCGGCCGCAUUCUGGUGACCGCUCGAACUUGAAUGGGUCUAACUCUCAGAGGCGCCGCUCUCGUGGAGGACUCCCUCUGGGGACGAAACCUGGGAGGAGGUCCGAGUCUCCAGAAAACAAAGGAAACGACAAAGACAACGGGAGCGAAGGCUCCUGGUUGGCUGCAGCCACGCGGGCCGUCACCGAGGUCGACUCUCGCAACACACAAGAAACUUGCGAAACUCGAAUGUUACAUCCAGCGCGAGCUUUCCCUCCUAAACACAGGCGACUGGAGGCAAUAGAAACGACUCUGGGUGCCGCCAAAGGCGAGUCUGCCGCGCUAGAAUGCGAGAAACAGGGGCUUUCAGCGCCCGUUCGGCGCGCAGUUCUCUGGCUUCGAAGGCAUGCGAAGAACGCAGCUUUCUACCUCGCGAUAUUCGCCUUCAGUUUCAUCCUACUGUCUGGGCUGUCACCCUACUACCACGGGAACCACACGCGCAAUCUGGUCCGAGCUUCCGGCCGAUUCCCUCGCGUUCCUCUCGAAAAAAACUCGCACUACGCUCUGCUUUUUGUCAAGCUGACGGCCGACGACCCCGCACCGGAUUUCAGCCGACCCUUCAACCUCCCACGAAGAAGUCGUCCACAGAAAAUGGUGGAGUCCAGUAAAAAUGAUGAAAGGACCCAAGAGGACGAGGAUGAAGCGGAUGUUGAGUACUACCCCAUGCUGGUGGUGCCAGGUCACCGCGGCGACUGGCGCCAGGUGCUCCCUUUGGGAAAGACUCUCCACGACAUAGCACUGAAAAGAAACAAUCCGACAGCCUCGGUCGGGAACGAAAUCGAUCCAGAUGAAGCAAUGGAACACCACAUUUUCGGGACUGGCUACGGCGAAAACCAGCAGGGGGAUGGUUUAGAAUCGCGGACGACGAACAAUCAAAAUGGGCGGAAAGUAAAAGUUGUGUAUCAUCUCUACGUCGUCGAUUUCCAUAGAGAGCCCUCUGCGUUCCACCCCACAAUUCUCGACAAGCAGGCUGACUUUGUCAUCCAGUGCCUGGAGAAGCUGCAAUCUCUGUACGUUCCUGCUCGGGAUCGUGGGGCAUCAUCGAAUCUAGGUCCUCCGUUGACUCUGGUGGGUCACUCCCUUGGAGGCACAGUGGUGCUGCGAGUUCUUUCCAAACGUCGACGCCUGCGGUCAUCGAGCGAAGUGAGCGCUUUAAGGGAUCUGUCCAUUUCACCCGCUCUCGAAGCCGAGGGCGUUGACGCGCAUCCACUGGAGGGUAGCGCGAAGGCGUCUCUGUGCGAGCCCGACUUGUCGUCCUUUUCCUUCUUGACAACCGUCCUCCUGAGCAGUCCAGUGGGAGGGCACCCAGCAAUUCAGCUGGCCUUGCCAUACCGCUUCUUUUACCGGCGUUUGUGGCACGACUUCGGAGAGCAGUUUGGAAUUCCUGUUUCCAAGGCAGCGCUAGCUCGAGCCAAGGAAGCUGAGGCUGGCGGUACUGAAAACCAUGCGCUUGUCGAACGCGCCGAAGCGAAGCCAUGUCUCCCCUCCACAACGUUUCUCUACUCCGUCGCAUCGGGCUGGAUUGACGAGUUUGUCGUUCCACCGGCCGCUCUGCCCCCGCUGUUCCGGUUUCGUUUCUCCUGGAGAGCACGAGGCCUUCCGAAGGUGGACGCGGCCUCGCAGCCCGGCCACACGCUCCACUCCCAGCUCCACUUUUUCCCGCUGUUGCUGCCCUUUUCGCGAGAUGUCCAUACGCGCCACACGCACGACAACCUCAUGUGGUCCCGACCGCCGCUCCUGCUGUUGGCGCAGAUUUUAAGGGAACAAGAGAGACUCAUGGGCACUCUGCGAGACGCGGAACAACGCGUUCCAGAGGCUCGGCUCGCGCAGCGCGCCGCUAGCUUGGAAAGAACCAUCCUCGGAAAGUCCCGUGGCGACGCGAAGGCCAAUGGCGCUAAGGCGCUCGCGACAACUCCAAAUUCGGGUGGAUCUGCGUCGACUGCGGCGGCCGUUGGAUCUCGCCUCGCGGAAGCUUGGGUCCCUCUCGUCCGGCGAAUGGUGCAAAGAGUUGACACCUUGACAGUCUCUCCAUUCGCCACGUUUCUGUCGCCUUGGGCGCCCCUGUCCUCUCUCGCUUCUCUGAAUCUUUCUUCCGCUGCUGCAGACACCCCACGGCCCUGGGAAGCAGGCCUGUCAACGGGUGCGGUUCCAGUCAGCAGGGAACUGGAAAGUCGCCUGCAGAAUCUACUCGACACGGUUUUCGCGAAGACUCGCAGAUGUGGUAGUUCUCUUCUUCCCAACCAGGUCGACAGCGGUCGCGGCGAGAGCAGCGGUGGGGAUGCCUCGUGUAGUGUGCAGAGCGGUGGCUCGGCAGAAGCCGAAUCUGGGUUGUAUAAGAUUGUUUCCUCGCUUUCCGAACUCACUUCGCAGCCCCUGGUCUCGCCGCCCCCCGUCGUCCUUUAUCCGCUCGUUGCUGGGACUGAAGAGCCGCUCGGAGGGGCGUCAGCGGACGCAGGGAACGACCAUAAGCCGUCUUCAGCUGCGGAAACUACUACGGGUUCCGUUCCCUCGAUCCAAUCAACCUCCGCAUUCCAGAGGUCCCUCUUUUUCGGACUGAAACCAUCGCCGCUCGCCCCUUUCCAGCGCUCCAGUGAAGGAGAUGACUACAACGAAGCGUCUCUGCCGUUGUGUCGUCGCCAGGUGACUUUGGAGAAGGGCGACGGCGGAUUCUCAGGUGCUGAGAAGCUGGACGAAGUCGUUGCCUCCGACGUCUCUAGAUUCCUCGACAUACUUCUGAGCCGCCUGAAGGCUGACGACUCUUCCCUCUGUUCAUCUACAGGAUCUUGUGCGACCCCGAGCAAGGCGAGCGCGCCGUCUGCAAUGGAGAGCGGCAGGCCUGGAGCAGUGAACACGGACGACUCAAGCAGUUCAGUGGUGUUUUCCGCGGAGUCCGCUUUCCCGUUUGCGUUUUUUGUGGCGAACCGUAGGACCCCGACCUCGAGUGCUCCCGGUGAAGCUCGAUUUUCCUUCCGGUUCCUCCCGCCUUCAUUUUCUCUCUUCUAUCCUACUAGGGCAUGUGGAUGGCUGCUGCCUCCGACGGCUGCUCCGGGCGGCACAAGAGAUUCGACGCGGGCUCCGACUGAGGACAAGUUGUCGCGUGGAGACGACUUUCCAGUUUUGAUUCUUUUGAAUAUGAACGCGCCUUUCCCAGCCAGUAGACCGCAGGUCGCGAGCGAGGUUUCAGCGCGAGCGGAAGCGGAGACGGGAGCAGGUGAGGAUGGCGUGACUCGCCGGCAAAGUCCAGGGACCGGAGUGGUGGGGGCCUCAAGCGCGCGACCCUCUGGAGCCCCGCCUUCCUCGUCGCCUGUGCCGUCGUCCGUUUCUGCGCCCUUCUCCUCAGGCGGAGCCCCUACGUUUCAGCUGUCAUUCUCUUUUCUCCCGUUUUCGUUUACGAGGUUUCUUUCGUACUUUCCUUCACUCCAGUUCCUUCUCUCCCUCUUCGCUCCCAUGUCGGUGCGAGUACCUCUCGCCACGCUGACGGCCUCGUCCACUCCCUCUCUCUUGUCGGCGCCCAGCUACCUUCUUCUUCCGUCUCCUGCCUCUCUUGCCUUCUUUUUCCCGUACCAGUACACGACGCGAGUGGAAUUCGUGAAACAGCGGUCUGUCUCCCGGCCCGCGGCCUCGCUGGCAGACCGCAUGCCUCGCCUGUUCCGCUCUCUCUGCCGCCAGCUGGACCUCGUCCUCGUGGCUUGGGAGCAGCCCGAGGUGGCGGCGGCGGCUCUGAGCGGCUUGCCUGAUAGGGGCGACACCUCCGUUUUGGAUUUACUUUAUCGAGGCAGCGGCGCGCAACAGCAGAAGUUCUCAAUGAAGAAACGCUGCUUUCUGCGAAAGGCGUCCAACUCGCUUGCGGGGCGGUGGUGGCCGAGUCUGAGCGUGGAGGCCGUGAGUGGUCCGGAGAGAACAGAAGGCGCUGAUGGCGCGGAGCCAGGCCGCAGCGUUGUGGAACAAUGGACUGCGAUUUUUCAACGCUGGGCGAAAAAAGUGCAGUUCCUCGAUGCAGAGAGCUCUCUGCACAUCUUUGCUCCGCGCUACAUGCCGCCAAACGCGACGGCGUGCACAAGUGAAGCCCAACGAAGGGAAUGGCGAGAGGAAGAUGAGAGCCCGCGAACAUUCUCGGGCACGAGCAACAUGGGCGCCACGCCGCGAGAAGAGUGUAGACAGAAAAGAAAGGGUGAUACUGAUGACGCAAAGUUCAUCAGAGAACAAACAACGCCAGUGCUUCUCCUGCCCACGGUGCACGUUGACGACACGAGCUUCAUGGAGGAAAUGGAGGAAGGCGUGACGGGGUGGUCGGCCGCAGCGGUGCGCGACGCCUCGGUUUCUACCGCUGCAGACGGCGAGUCUGAUGAAUGGAGCGCCGAACUUGUCGUCGAAGCGACCGGGUCCAUGCUGUCUUUUGUUCGACUUCUUCUAAACAUGUAUACAUCCGUGUUUGUUGCCUUCCUUGUCGUGAUUUCCUGCCUCCUCCUCGGCUGUUUUCUUUUGACGCCGCUCGCCUUGCAAGCCGGGACUGCCUCAAAAACGGAUCGUGGCCUUCACCCCGCGAAUGUCGCAAACUCCGGCGGGCACACAACAGCCGCGUGCAGCGGUUUGCAAACUGACCAUAUCGAUAAGUAUCUCGCAGCAGCCCGAGAGAGAAACAAGUCGAUAUUCAGGACCUCUGUCAGGUUUCGUUUGGCGCUGUCUUGCGGCCUUGUGGCCAUUCUUAGUGUAGUUAUUCUCUCAUAUUCGCAUGCGUUUUUCGCAGACUUCUGUCAGCUUCACCCGCAAACAGACGCGGAAGCUUUUGUAGAUUUGUCUCCUUCUCUUGUCUCUUCAUUCUUGGUUCCGCCUUCGUCGUAUUUGUUCUCGAUGCAGGCCCCGCUGCCCCCCGUUAGUCUCUUAUUCGUCCUUCUCGGGCUGGCCGGCGUUGCAUUUUGGUUGAUGUUUCACGUCGGUCGGGCGAUUUGCCGAAUUGUUAGGUUCGCAUUUGUCGGCUUAGCUCAUGUCACAACCUGCUUGGUGUCCCGCUCUGCGCGCGCACGUACCGCUGAGAGCGGGGGUGAAACAUCGUUCGUGCAAAGUGUCAUCGCCAAGGUGGAUCGCAUGGUGGAAGGGAACGGCUCGAGCGCUGGGGAGGAUCGAGCCGUCACGCGAAAACACAGACACAAAGAAGCUUUUGAGGAAGCGUCGAGGGAGAGUGGCGUCGGGUCGGAGCAGGGAUCGGCGAACCGUAGGGCCGCCGCCUGCGAUACAUCAGGCAAUGUAGAUAGUUCUGUUGGUGUCUGCCUGGUAGGGGCGCUGGCGAGCUUUUUGUUACUUCUGGCUGUGCGUCAACCGCACCAGGCCGCACUGAUUAUGUUAGUUGCUUGCUUUGUUUGCUUGUUUUUUUCGUUUGUACGGGAGAGCAGCUCACACGCCGAGACUGGCGCUUUGGGAGCGACGAACACGGAGGGGUAUACCGGUUUCGACCGCGGCUCCUCGGAAGGCACAACUGAGCGGAACGGAGUCUCUAAGGGGCAUCUGGGAAACAAAAGAGUGGACGAUGAAGUCGUGGCCUGGGACCAUUCGCAACGAAGACGCUGCAUUUUGACGCUGCUUUGGUGGCAGCUGCUCAUGUGUCUUCUCCUCGAUGCGCUCCCGGUGGGACUUGCGGUCUGGCGGCUCAUCGGAUUGCACGAGAUAGCGGAAGGUGGCGUGUGCCAGGUUGCAGACAAAAACAACUCACUCGCGGCAGCCAUGGCCGAAUCUAUUCACGCGCUUCGCCAAACAGAGUUGGACGAUUCCACUCAAGUUUGGCGUCUGGGUCUCUGGGUUCUGUCGCCAUCACUACAGUCUUUUCCCCUUUCGGAGACUGACGUUUCGGAAGAAAUUUCUGUCAGAAACGGCGAAGCCGCGUCUCUCUCCGACCGCUUCAACGUUUUUGCCUCUAUUCUUCGCCAUGAAGAACCCCUGUUCCAAGCGUUUUCUAUGUGCCUGGCUCUGAUUCCAGCCAUCUGGCUUAUUUCGUGGCUCUUGCUGCAGUCGAUAUGGGAGAGUGCGCGAAGAAAGGAACUUUCCUCAAACGCCAACGAAGAAGGUUUCCCUGGAGCAUCCGGGAUGCCCUUAGCUGUAAAGGUGCAGGCGAUGUGGCAGGUGGUCGCAGCUCUUAUUCUUCCCUCGCUAGCGUUUUGGCUGCCAGACGGUAUGCAAAUGGUCUUGAGUGUCAUCGUGUUGAUGCAAUGCAUCGUUUUUUCUGUUGAGAGGCUUCGCGUCCCUGCAUGCCCUCACAAAUCUGUUACUGGCCCCUAAAAACCGCCACGGCUUGACUGCUUAAGAGAAGGUGCCAAAAAAUACCCUUCCGAAAUGUUCGUUUCAUAGCGCAACUGUCUUCUUUCUGCCUCACUUUUUGACAUAUCUUGGCGUUGGUGUGUAUAAGACACCUAGGCGUGUACAGGAAUUAACUGUCUCUGUAGACCGAAAGGUUUACUCGUACACCUGCUAGAAAUUCUGUUGCAGUCUUUACAGAACAUUUCUUCAUUCUCUCUGAACGCUGUUUUAAGCUAUUGCAACGCAACACGGAUGCUACUGGUGUAAAGCUGGCCGUCGUGCCGACGUUAGUUUGCUGCGAAGCUUGUAGCCUGCAUGUGAACUUUU